UAUUGGGAAGGAAAAGAAUAGUAAUUGUUUGACUUUGUUUCUUUUGCUUUUUAAAAGAAACAUAGUUAUAGCAUAAAGUUUCAUUUUAACUUGUGGUGCUUGUCCAAAAAUUGCAGAAAGCUCAAGAGGGAUCAAGAGCAGGCUUUGUUUCGUGGUGAGACUAAGGUGUCAUGCUGCUUAGGCUUUGCAGCUGAUCUGUGUUUACUGUGCCCUGGCAAAGUCUCCCAAGCCUUCCAAAUCUGGGAUUUCCUCCAGCUGGGGUGCACGGCAGUUUCGAUAUCUCUUUUUCUGCUUUGGGGUUUUAAAUUUAGUUUAUCUCUGUAAUCAAAAAUAAAAGUAUUCGCCAAGAGCAAGUGACAGCUUAUGCCUGUGCAAGUGGCCGAUGCCACCGUGCCACGCGAGCCGGAGAGUCUGGAGGGAGGCGUGCUCUGAACUACGGCUCCCAGCAGCCCCUGCCGGCCGGGUGAAGGAAGUGCUCGCGAUGAUUCCUCCUGGACUUCGAGCAGAGAUUUUAAUCCCGGGAAGGGACAGGUUGCUGAGGCUCGUGUCUCACGCAGUUCAGGCGGUCGGUGCCUCGCCCCAGGCAGGACCGCAGCUCUCCAUCCAGACAGCCGGGAUGGCGGUGCGUCUGUCCGUCCUGCCUUCCCCCCGGUGCCUGUUCGAUGAGCCCGUGCAGAUCCGUGUGGCCGGACUGCAGCCGCAGCAGGCGGUCACCCUCCGGGCCAGCCUGGUGGACGAGAGCGGGGAGCUUUUCCAAUCCCACGCUCUCUACAGGGCUGGGAGCAGCGGGGAGCUGGACCUCAGCCGCUCCCCAGCGCUGGGGGGCAGCUAUUUGGGAGUGGAGCCCAUGGGGCUGCUCUGGGCUCUGCGGUCCAAAACGCCCUAUAAGCGGCUGGCAAAGAGGAACGUCCUGACCCCUUUCUGUGUGGACUUGGAAGUGUACGAGGGCCAUGGGGACACGAGCCGCUUGCUGGGAAAAUGCACCAAUGAACGAUGGUUUUUAGGAGAGGGGGUGAAGAGGAUUUCGGUCAGAGAAGGUCGUCUCAGAGCAACCCUCUUCCUCCCUCCUGGACCUGGCCCAUUCCCUGGACUUAUUGAUUUGUAUGGAUCUGGAGGAGGUCUUAUUGAAUACAGAGCAAGUCUCCUGGCUAGCAGAGGCUUUGUGACUCUGGCUCUUGCUUACAUGUCCUUUGAAGACAUCCCUGCUAUGCCAAAGAUCCUUGAACUGAGCUAUUUUGAGGAGGCUGUGAACUUUUUGCGUAAGCAGCAGCAGGUGAAAGAUACUGGCAUUGGUGUUUUGGGCUUGUCUAAAGGAGGAGAUCUAGCCCUUUCCAUGGCCACAUUUCUACCUGGCAUCAAGGCAGCUGUCAGCAUAUCUGGAAGUAGUUUUAAUUCCUUCAUUCCCCUGAAGGGGGAUGGCUUCACUAUUCCUGUCCACCCAUAUGACUUGGGGAGGAUGAAGAUCAGUGAUGAGUCUGGAAUAGUAGAUUUUUCAGAUGUCUUAGACGAUCACAUGGACCCAGCAACUUGGGAUUGUCGCAUUCCUGUGGAGAUGUCCUUAGCCAAGUUCCUCUUCCUGUCUGGGCUGGAUGACAUGAACUGGAAAAGUGACCUCUAUUGCCAGGAUGCUGUUCAGCGCCUUCAGCAGCACAACCGGGAAGUGGAGUUUUACUCCUAUGCUGGAGCAGGGCACCUCCUGGAGCCACCAUACUUGCCUCUGUGCAAAGUUUCAAUCCACAAGGUGCUUGGGAUGUUGGUGCAUUGGGGAGGGCAGUGGAGAGAGCAUGCUAAAGCCCAAGAAGAUGCGUGGCGCAGGAUACAGGCCUUUUUCUGGCAACAUUUGAUGGACUCAGUCAUCCCUAAGAGCAAGCUGUAGUGGAAACUGUCACAGAUGCUGGCCAGGGAUGAUAUUUCAGCACUCACUGGAUCUUGGAAACUCACCAGUAGUUUCCUGGACUGCCUUCCUCUAAACCCCACUGUUGCAUAGUUGUUUAUUUUCAUUCCCCAAAUAAUUUCCUAUUUUUUAGUUGAAUUUCAGUUGACUUCUGACCCCAGCUUCACAGUAGAUUGGCACCAUCUGUGCUGUAGUCUAAAAACAACCCAGCAUCCCAUCAUCUAAAUCACAUUUGUGCUGAGCUAUCUUUGCCCUCAAUCUGCCACCAUCUCCUUUCAUAAGAGGAAAUACUCUUACAGGAGGAGCUAUCCAUUGAAUGGUUUAGUCUUGCACCUUUAACUAACAUAGAUAUAAACAGCAAUUUUGUUGGACAACACUGUAGUGCACUCAUCUUUCUUCCUGGUAUAUUGUUUUCUCCCAUUUAAUAGUAAAAAGGUUGCAGUAGUUCUGAUCUCAGCUAA